AAAAAAAAAAUUAACAGAAAAUGGAAGUUGGUAGUUGCACAGACGAAACCACCACAACCAGUGAUUCCCUUUCUGUAUCCCUUUUACCGGCGAAGAUAUCUUCACCGACGCCCAACACGCUAAGCCGAGUCGGCAGUGGCGCCAGCGCCGUCGUGGACCCCGAAGUUUGCGGCGGCUCCGGUGAGGCAGAAUCCAGGAAACUUCCGUCGUCGAAAUACAAAGGUGUCGUGCCACAGCCCAACGGCCGGUGGGGUGCUCAGAUUUACGAGAAGCACCAGCGCGUGUGGCUCGGCACCUUCAACGAUGAAGACGAAGCCGCAAGAGCAUACGACAUCGCCGCCCAGAGGUUCCGUGGCAAAGACGCCGUCACUAACUUCAAGCCCCUCGCCGGCGCCGGAAACGAUUCCGACGACGAGGAAACCGAGUUCCUCAUCUCGCAUUCCAAAUUCGAGAUCGUUGACAUGCUCCGAAAGCACACCUACCACGACGAGCUCCAACAGAGCAAGCGCGGCGGCAUGAAGCAGCGGCGCAACGGCGAAACUGCAGAAACGGCGCCGUCGCGAGACGCGUGCGAUAUGAAAACGCGUGCGCAUCUGUUCGAGAAAACCGUUACGCCGAGUGACGUGGGGAAGUUGAAUCGGUUGGUGAUACCGAAACAGCACGCGGAGAAACACUUUCCCUUAGGAGGUCGGAGCUCGCCGUGCGUGGCGGAGACGGCGGCCGCGGCGAAGGGUGUGCUUUUGAAUUUCGAGGACAUUGGAGGGAAAGUGUGGCGGUUUCGUUACUCAUAUUGGAACAGUAGCCAGAGCUACGUGCUGACCAAAGGGUGGAGCCGGUUCGUGAAGGAGAAGAGCCUUCGGGCCGGUGAUGCGGUUCGGUUCUACAGAUCGACCGGACCGGACAGGCAGUUCUUCAUUGACUGCAAGGCCAGGAGUACUAGUAUUUGUGAGGUUGGUACUAAUAAUGGUGAUAUGUUUAUUCCUGUCGGACCGGUGGUUGAACCGGUUCAUAUGGUUCGGCUUUUUGGGGUCAACCUCUUGAAACUACCUGGUUCUGAUGGUGUUGUUGGUGGGUGUAAUGGGAAGAGGAAAGAGUUGAAUCUCUUUACCUUAGAAUGUAGCAAGAAGCUAAAGAUAAUUGGAGCUUUGUAACAUUACAUAAUUUUAUUUUAUUUUAUAAGUUUUUUGUUUUUUGUGAAUUUUGGAAUUUAGUUACUGAUGAAAUCAUGUGGAAAAGAAUGGGAAGUGGAGAAGGUACAAGAAUGGUGGUGUAGUUGCAAGUUGCAAAAAGUGAAUUGUAUA